UUUGAAAAGUCUCAGUAUUAUAGCUAUGGCCUAUUCAUGUGAAGAGAAGAGAUCUAAGUCAUACUCCUCAGAUUUAAGAUGGAGAAUGAUCUACCAAGUAGAAGUAGUUGGUCUGCCCAAUAGAAAGGUAGCUGCUAAUCUCCUUGUGGAUCCAUCUACAGUGCAUAGAACAGUGUGUCUAUUCAGAGUGUGUCUAUUCAGAGCUACUGGGAACGUUAAACCUAGUCAAUAUCCUCCUAAUCAGGGAACUGCUAAACUCACUGCUAUAGAUAAAGUGAUGAUACUGGAGUUGGUUAUUCAAAAACCUGGAAUCUAUCUAAGGGAAAUACAAGGACAUCUUCUUGAAAGAACGGGGACAGAUGUCAACGUAAGCACCAUAAUGAGGUACAUACAUGCCUCUGGGAUAACAAGACAAAAAAUGGUUCUGAGAGCUAAACAACAAAGUGAGCUGUUGCGUGCACAGUAUUUGAUUGACGUUUCAGUCUAUAAAGGCCACCCGGAGCUUUUCGUCUUUAUAGACGAAACAGGAUCUGAUCGGAGGGAUUGUAUGCGGAAAUUUGGAUACAGCCUAAGAGGAAAGCCUGCUAUUGUUCAAAAAUUGCUUUGGCGUGGACAGCGAGUUUCGGCUAUAUGUGCAAUCUCACUAGAAGGUGUACUGGAUUGCUAUACUACAACCGGCACCGUUAACGCUGAUACAUUCGAGGACUUUAUCACUAACUCUCUAGCUAGCAAAUUACAACCAUUUAAUGGAACGAACUCUAACAGUGUGGUGGUACUGGACAAUUGUAGCAUUCAUCAUGUGGACACAGUUGUACAGGCCAUACGUUCUACUGGAGCUAUAGUACAAUUUCUUCCACCAUAUAGCCCAGACCUAAAUCCAAUAGAAGAAAGCUUCUCCAAAUUGAAAUUGGUACUCAAAGCAAACGAGGAAUCAUUGGACUAUCUUGCCACAGAAACAGUCGUUUUAGCAGCUAUGAACAGCAUAUCUGUACAUGAUUGUUCACAAUGGAUAAGGCAUGCAGGAUAUACGUAAUCAUGAAAAUAUUAAUGUAUAAUGUAUUGUGAUGUCAAAUCAGUGAUGCGAAUCAGUUCAUGAAAGAGAUAAAUAUGUGUUGUCAAGUGUUCUUUUCAGGAUAUACAACUAUCUUGGUAUAAAUGUACAUGUGAAGCAGAUCAAAGAGAUUUAAGUGAUGACAAAAUGUUCUUUUUCUGCUCAGCAAAUUCUUCUUCUGAGAGAACAUAAUCUUCAAACAGCUCUUUGAUACGCUUUAAAUCUUCCAGACAGCUUCUUCUAAGCUGAGCAGUUUUCAUUGGUGAAACAGUUGAGCUGGAAGUUGGUGUCUCAGGAGUUUGAGUAUGUUUCAGUGCACUGGCUAUUGCGUUGGCUGCCCCAGUAAAAGCAUC